AUGCAUGGCUCUUUUGUAGUAACUAGUCCAUUUGUUUCCUCCCAAGCGAUUCCCAAGCCUGGCCUCGUCUCCUGGCUUCAGGAAAGUGAAGCACCAUUUUCCCCAGACUCUGAAGAUGAGGAGCGGUCAGCAGGUAACAGGAAGGUUGACGAGAAUUAUAGAGAACGAUGUGGGGUGUCUUUCGAAACAACCAGCCAUGAAGUGGAGGAAGAGCCUUCUGGGAAUCAAGAAGAGUCAAGGAAGCAGCAGGAAAACAAGGGGGAGAAGUCAGGGGGUCAGUCUUUAGUUUUCCAGGCCAGUAGCUUGCUCACAAAGCCAGCUGAAGAAAAGAAUCACAAGGGAAAGAGGAGGAAUGAACCUUCUGAAAGUGGAGAAAUAUUGAGAUGCGAAUCCAACUUUUCUUCUUCCCAUCAGAAGAUCCCUACAGGGUAUGAAACUUAUAGAUGCUCUGAAUGUGGUAAGGGGUUCAGUAGGCUCGUAAGCCUCACUUCUCAUAAAAGAAUCCAUAUGAGGGAGGAACCAUCUGAGAGUUCAGAGUGUGAAAACAGUUUUGGUCUGAGUGAAAGCCUUACUUCCCAUCAAAGAACCCACACAGGCCAAAAACCAUGCCGAUGCUCAGAGUGUAGGAAAAGGUUCAGGGGUAACACAGCGUCUACUUUGCAUCAGAGAAUCAAUUCGGAAGAAAAACAGUAUAAAUGCUUGGAAUGCGGAAAGCUCUUCCGCCAGCGAGCACACCUCACUGUGCACCAGAGAGUCCACUCCAAAGAGAAACCAUAUAAAUGCUUGGAAUGUGGAAAGCUCUUCAGCCGGCGAGCACAUUUAACUGAGCAUCAGAGAAUCCACUCAAAAGAGAAACCAUAUAAAUGCAUGGAGUGUGGAAAGAACUUCACUCAAAAACAAGGACUAAUUUCCCAUCAGAAAAUCCACACAAUGGAGAAGCCAUAUGUGUGCUUUGAGUGUGGGAAAACCUACCGUUGGAGUGCAAACCUCACUUCCCAUCAGAGAAUCCACACAAAGGAGAAGCCAUAUAUGUGCUUGAAAUGUGGAAAAACCUUCUGUUCGAGCUCAUCCCUCACUUCACAUAUGAGUAGCCACACAAAUGAGAAGCCAUAUGUGUGCUUGGAGUGUGGGAAAACCUUCCGCUUGAGCCAAUACCUCACUUCCCAUCUGAGAAUCCAUUCAGGGGAGAAACCGUACCAGUGCACAGACGUGGAGGAGGUUCAGAUCCAGGUUCCAGAUCAUCUCUUCUUUGGGGCAGAGCGGAAACACUUAAGAUGCAGCCAGCUCAGUGUUCUUUUCUUGAUGGUGAGCAAAAGCAUGUUUGAGCAGGAUUAUUUGUGA